AUGUCCAGCGCUGCUGCGUACCUCUCCAGCCAGAGCUCCCCUACACCCGGCUUUGACACUCCAAUUGAAGCAGACUCCCCGUCGAUAGCCAACAGCCCCUCGAACGUGAGUGAUUACACAAAAUCCGUCACCGAAAGUGUAUUUGAAUUUCCCAAGGAGAAUGGGCGCACAUAUCAUGGAUAUCGUGAAGGCUCAUACAACUUCCCCAACGAUCCCACCGAGACCGACCGACUCGACUUUCAGUAUGAAAUCCUCAAAUUCUGUUUUCAAGACAAGAACUACUUUGCGCCUCUCAACGAUCCCAGGAACAUCUUAGACAUCGGCACCGGGACAGGACAAUGGGCGAUGGAAAUAGGCGACGAAUUUCCUCUUGCGCAGAUUCAAGCGACCGACCUCUCUCCCAUUCAACCAAACCACGUCCCAGAAAAUGUUCAAUUUUUUAUCGACGAUGCUUCGGAAGAGGACUGGGCUCUGCCUGCGGCUUACUUUGAUUAUAUUCACACCCGCGUAUUGCUAGGAUGUUUUGAGGAUUUCAGAGAUAUCAUCAAACGCGCAUAUUUCUACACGAAGCCCGGCGGAUACAUGGAGAGCCAAGAGAUUAUGUCGAGCUUGUACUGCGAUGAUGGAACGAUGCCUGCGAACUGGCCGUUUUUGCUUUGGAAUAAGGACCUGGACGAAGCAGCAAUGCGAGCGGAUCGGCCGAUGAGGAUUGCAAACAAGAUGAAGAGAUGGUAUGAGCAAGCGGGCUUUGUAGAUGUUCAGGAAAGAGUGUUCAAAUUACCAGUGAAUCCAUGGCCUAGAGACAAACAUUUGAAAACGCUGGGAAAGAUGCAGGAGGAUAAUUGGUUGGCUGGUUUGGCGGGUAUCAGCAUGGGAUUAUUCUCCAGGGUCUUCAGUUGGAGCAAGACCGAAAUUGAGGUAUAUCUCGUUGACGUCCGGAAAGCAAUAUCCGACAAGCGCGUCCACGCCUACAACAAGGUCUUCGUGGUUUGGGGGCGGAAGCCAUACGAUUGGGAAAUAGCUGCCGCGGCCAACGCGAACACACAAUAUCAAGGAACUCCGAUGUACUCGUACCCCAACGCUCAAAACACAUUCCCACCGCAGAACAGCUGUCCUGGCCCGACCGCGACCAGUGGAGCACCAGUGCCUGAUGUCGGAUCUGAGAUGAUGCCUCCACCUUCAUGA